CUUUGUUGUGGUCACGUGACUCGGUGACGUAAUUCUCCGGAAGCCGCUGAGGGACAAACAGAAGCAGCUCCUGCGGCGAUGUGGUAAAACAGGCAACAGAGUUCCAUUUACCGGUGAUGCGGAGGCGGAGCUCUCUGACCGCGGAGAAGGACAGCGACCCGGAGCUGAAGCAGCGACCCGGCAGAGCGGCGGCGCAUCCGGCGACCCGAGGCCGACAGGGCACGGGAGAGGAGCCGGGGAUGGGGAAGAGACCGUUCAGGAGGUUGGGGCUGCUGGGAAAGAUAAAGAGGAUGAUGAUGGUGCUGCUCUUCGUCUAUGUCUCCAUCCCCUUCAUCAUCAAGCUGUUCCCCUCCAUCCAGGCCAAACUCGUCUUCCUCAACUUUGUGAGGAUGCCGUACUUCAUCGACCUGAAGCGACCUCUGGAUCAGGGGCUGAACCACACACAGAACCUCUACCUGGAGCCUGAGGCGGGCCAGAAGAUCGGAGUCUGGCACACGGUUCCUGCUCAGAUGUGGAGAGACGCUCAGGGCAAAGAUGGCGACUGGUACCGCUCCGCCUUUAGCUCCGCCCACCCUGUCAUCCUCUAUCUCCAUGGCAACGCAGGGACCAGAGGCGGCGACCACCGGGUGCAGCUGUACAAGGUCCUCAGUUCGCUGGGAUACCAUGUGGUGACCUUCGACUACAGAGGGUGGGGCGACUCAGACGGAUCGCCAUCAGAGCGAGGGAUGACAUCAGACGCUCUUUUCGUCUACGAUUGGCUGAGACAGAGGAUGGAGAAAACUCUGCCGCUCUACAUCUGGGGCCACUCUCUGGGGACUGGAGUCGCAACGAACCUGGUGAGACGGCUGUCUGAGCGAGGAAGUCCUCCUGACGCACUCAUCCUGGAGUCUCCGUUCACCAACAUCAGAGAGGAGGCCAAGAGCCACCCCUUCUCCAUGGUGUACCGCUUCCUGCCCGGCUUCGACUGGUUCUUUCUGGACUCCAUCACCGCCAACAACAUCCGCUUCACCAACGACGAGAAUGUGGACCACAUUUCCUGUCCGGUUCUGAUUCUACACGCCGAGGACGACGGAGUGGUUCCGUUCCAUCUGGGCAAAAAGCUCUACAGUCUGGCGUCUCGCUCCAGCAGCCUGAGCGGUCAUAAGGUUCAGUUCGUGGCGUUCCCGGCGGCUCUCGCCUUCAGACACAAGUUCAUCUACAGGAGCCCGGAGCUGCCAAACAUCCUCAGUGACUUCCUGGGAGCGGCUCACCCCGCCGUGGCGUGACGACGGCUUGUCUUCAUGGACCGAACAUUCCUGUUAGCAUUCCCGACAUCCCGGCUGACGGUACGGCUACCACUGUUACCAUGGUUACCAGGGUGACCGUGUCCUGUGGGCUGCAGAGCGGAGGUUUUGUUUCUCACCUGCAUGGCUCCUCCUCACCGUCGGCAGGAAACUGUUUCCUGUUCUGACUUGAAAUAUUAAUUAAAUCUGGUUUUAUGUAGCUGAGCCUCCUUCACUGACCUCUGGGUGGUUCUGGUUCUGGUCGAACCGGACCUCAUCACUCCUCCAGAACCUCCAGAUUUUCAGCAGAUUCUCUCCUCUCAACAGUUCCGGUUCUGCAGGAUUGAAGAAGCCGGUCCGGUUCUGGUAUCAUUUGCGCAGCAGCAGGAAACAGGAAGUGAUGUCAUUCUUCCUGAAUCUGAACCAGUUCUGUUUCCUUACCUCACAUCUUGUUUUUAAGAAACUUUGUUGAGCAAACAGGAAGUAAACAAAAGAACAAAUCAAGAAUACAAUCAGGAUAUUUAACCAAUACGCUAGCUACUAGCAUUUCAGCUUCUGCUAAACACCAUGUUGACGUAGCGCUUUAGCAUCAGCCAAACUGCUGCUUCAGGGUUAGCGCAGCUAGCUUUUUAGCUAGCAGUCCCACCACUGGUUUGGUGCGUUGACCUUUAGACGACCUGACGGUUCUUCAUGCUGAAGCUCAGAACUUAUUUGUUCCCAAACGGACCCUGAAGGUUCUAAGCCAUCUGCUGCUACAGCAGAACCAGUAUCAGUUUAAAACUGGACCCGAUCUGACCUCAGAGCUGGACUCUCCAGUGAACCUGUAUAACCUGACCAGAACCAGUCAGAUUUCAUGACAGGUUCACAGGUUCAUGAGUCCAGAACCAGUGGAGGUUCUGGACCUCAGUUUGACCCCAGAUUCUGGAGUCAAACUAAGCAGAACCACAGAACCACAGAACCUUUGUUCUAGUUUAAAAAGUCAUUCUAUUCUACUGGACCAAUCAGAACAUGUUGGCGGUUCUGGAGAGUUCUUCCUCUCUCCAUCACCAACAGCGGUUCUGGCCGGGUCGGAUGCAAACUGUGCACUGAUGCAUUCUGGGAAAAUCAGACUACAAACUGUGACAACGCCCUGGUUUGUGUUCAGUUUAUUUUAUUAUUUCAAUAAAAUUAUAAGCGGGAACAGAGAGGAGCAAAGUUCAGCUGAGCGGUUCUGAUCGGUCUGGAGGGAAAUCUACCGUCUCUGGAUCUAGGUUCUCGGUGAAAAUGGGUCAAAGUAUCAGAGCUGAAAGACGAGCUCUGAUUGGCCAGCUUUCAGCCAUUUCCAGGCUUGAAACUUUAGAAAUGUAAUAAAUGUUUCAUGAUCAACUCUGA